CAAAAAUAUUUCUGGUGAAUUUCAAGUUUGUUUAAAUGUCCGUUCGAAAUCGAUUAAACAAUGCAUAUUAAAUACAUAUAAUGUUUGCUUUACUAUUAAGGCGAUAUAAAGGCAUGAUCCUUGCUAGUAUCUUAUUCUUUUACUUAGGUUGUGGUAUAACUUUGAGUUUUAUAAGGAUAGAUUGUGUGUCUUCCUUAUCCACCACUAAUAAUAGAAAAAGUAAAGAUGAUUUUAAUACCAAUUUAGAAAGAGUAGAAUAUGCUGUACUUAUUGUAAGUAGCCCUAUGAAUGAAGCAAAACGUGAUUGCAUUCGAGCAACUUGGGCUAAUUUUGUUCAUAAUAUAAUCAUAGAAAAUGGAGAACAUUUAUAUAAAUGGAAUCACACUUGGACUGAAAACAGUGUGCCACAAGAUUUUAUUAAAUGUUUCUUUGUCGUGGGGGUCCAGGGCUUGGAUUCAGUUAAACUAAAGAAGAUCCAGUCUGAACAUACUCGAAGUAAUGAUUUAUUAAUCUUAAGUGAUUUCGAAGAUAGUUAUAAGAACUUAGCUAGUAAAUUAAUUCAUUCUUUAGAAUGGAUGAGUAAAAAUUUAAAACAAUUAAAAUAUAUUAUUAAGUGUGAUGAUGAUUCAUUUGUCAGAGUUGAUUUAAUUGUGAGGGAUCUUGAAGCUUUUGCUCCAGAAAUGAAUGGACCAACCAUCAGCCAAUAUGUUACUUAUAAGAAAACUCUACCAUCAUAUAAAGGCUUAUACUGGGGUUAUUUUGAUGGCAGAGCAAGAGUAUUUUUAAAUGGUAAAUGGCAAGAAAAAGACUGGUUUCUUUGUGACACCUAUUUACCAUAUGCAUUGGGUGGUGGCUAUGUAAUAUCUCGUAGCAUAGUGGACUACAUUGCCAAAAAUUCUGAGUUUCUAAGUCAAUACAAUUCUGAAGAUGUUUCAAUGGGUGUAUGGACAGCGGCACUUGAUGGAAUCAACAGAGUUCACGAUACUAGAUUUGACACUGAAUGGAAAUCUCGUGGCUGCGACAACAACAUGCUUGUGCGCCACAAACAAACACUAAGUGACAUGUUUCAGAUGUACCGAACGUUGGUUAAUUCACAAGGAACUAAGCUGUGUAAGACUGAAGCUGCUUUAAGGAAGUACUAUCAAUAUAAUUGGAAUUCAUUGCCAAGUGUUUGUUGUAAAUAGUUUAACAUCAUACAACUUGUAUGUUCCAAAAUUUUGUGAUUUAUUAUUUACAUUUGUGUCACGUUACAUUAGUGUACCCAUUAUAAUUCUGAUUGAUAAGUACAUAUUUUGGUUCUAUUUUGCAUUCUUAGUAGCUACGAGAUUGAAUAAAGUUUUGUGUAAGUGUCCUCUUUAAUAAAUCUGUGAUUUCUC